AUGGAAGAGCCAGGACUGGCGGAGGUGGUGGGUGAUGUGCUGACCUGGUGGUUCGGCAUCCAGUUCUGGGCCAAGGGCGAACCGAAGAACCCCACUGCCCACUAUGACGACCUGUGGCGGCAAAAAUGGUUCGCCAAGGAGGAGCUCACUGCCAUCGUCGACAACCACAUCAAGGACAACUUUCAGGUCCACGUAGACAAGGCCAUCAGCGGCGAAUAUGACCACUGGGGCAAGGACCACUACGGCGCCCUGGCAUUCGUCGUCCUAGCGGACCAGUUCACAAGAAAUAUCUACCGAGGGACAGCCAGGGCCUGGGCAGGCGACGCCAAGUCGCGAUCGAGUCCGGUCUCGACCAAACCCGUGGGUCGUGCCAUGCUCUACAUGCCGUUGCUGCACGCGGAGGACGCCGCGCUGCAGGCCAAGUCCGUUGAGCUGUUCGAAGCGCUCUACGAGGAUGCCAAGGCCAAGGGCGCUGGGACCCUAUCCAUCCUACAACGCUUUCACGCCGUGGAGCUCUUUGGCCGCUUUCCCGAGCGCAACCGACACCUCGGGCGCCAGAGCACCACGGCAGAGGCGGCGAAACUGUAG